GCAACCGGCGCCCGGAAGCGCGGUUCCCGUGGCGCCCAUGGCCGAGCAGGCGGCCCCUCCGCCUCCGCCGCCGCCGGUCUACGUGCACAGCGCCGAGUACCUGGCGCGAUGCGACGCCCUCUGCAAAGUCCCCGAGCGGGCCAGCAUGGUGCAUUCCUUGAUCAAAUCCUACUCGCUGCUUGAUCACAUGAGGAUUGUCCCUCCCAAAGUAGCUUCCAUGGAGGAGAUGGCCGGCUUCCACACUGAUGCCUACCUGCAGCACCUGCAGAAAGUGAGCGAGGAAGGCGACGAUGACCAUCCAGAAUCGGUGGGAUUUGGACUAGGUUACGACUGCCCGACCUCUGAAGGGAUCUUUGACUAUGCGGCCGCCGUGGGAGGAGCCACCAUCACAGCCGCCCAGUGUUUGGUGAACGGUGACUGUCAAGUUGCCAUCAACUGGCCUGGAGGCUGGCAUCAUGCAAAGAAAGAUGAAGCGUCUGGCUUCUGCUACCUGAACGACGCCGUCCUGGGCAUCUUGCGGCUCCGGCAGAAAUUUGGCCGCGUUCUCUAUGUGGACCUAGAUCUGCAUCACGGGGAUGGUGUAGAAGAUGCCUUCAUCUUCACCUCCAAAGUGAUGACGGUGUCUCUGCAUAAGUUCUCUCCAGGGUUUUUCCCAGGAACAGGCGAUGUGACGGACGUGGGCCUGGGGAAGGGGCGUUACUACAGCGUCAACGUCCCCAUUCAAGAUGGCAUCCAGGACGACAGAUACUUCCAGAUCUGCGAGACUGUCCUGAAGGAGGUCUACGCAGCGUUCAGCCCUGAGGCCGUCGUCCUGCAGUUGGGGGCGGACACCAUCGCUGGUGACCCCAUGUGCUCCUUCAACUUGACCCCCGAAGGGGUCGGCCGGUGCCUGAAGUACGUGUUACAGUGGCAGCGCCCGACCCUCGUUCUGGGAGGAGGAGGCUACCAUCUCGCCAACACGGCUCGCUGCUGGGCGUAUUUGACGGCGGUCAUCUUAGGGAAAACGCUGCCCUCUGAAAUCCCGGAUCACAAGUACUUCACAGAAUACGGCCCUGAUUACGUCUUGGAAGUCACGCCAAGCUGCAGGCUGGACCGCAACGAGCCGCAGAGAAUCCAAGAAAUCCUGGGCUGCAUUAAAGGCAACCUGAAGAAUGUGGUGUAGUGGAAGAGGACGGAUCCUGUCUUCGCACCUGCCGAAGGCCUCCUGGGAGAGCAAAUUCGCUGGCUGCCACUGCCGGAUCCUUGAAGAAAUCCUCUGGGGGUCUCUGGAAGCCCCCUGGCCCCCAACCCAUCACGGCUCCGACUCAUUGCCCCCUUUUAUAAAGCGGCUGGUUCUUGGGAGGAGUUUGAUGGGGUUGGAGCAGGUUCUUUUUUUAACCAAGGAGGGGUCAUUUCCUUCCAUGGCCUGGUUUGGCUGUUAGAAAAGCGUUCUCUCCCCCUCAGCUAACUAAAAUGUCCUGCGCAGCCGAGGUGGGUUGUGUCUUCUUGUUGGUUGUCUGCUCUGAAAAUAAAAGUGUUUGAUAUA